AGAGUUCGCCGUUGGGUUGAAACCGAUGACGAGCACACACAAAAUGAAGUCGGUGGUGGUGAUGCUGACAUUUUAACCAAUAAACCGCCAAAUGGUGGAGCGGGGGGUCCCGCUCGGAAUUGGAGGAGGGAUAUGACAGCUUUCAUUACUCAUCCAUCAGUGAGGGUUAAAGGAACAGAGCAUAACUACAACCCAGUUCUCUGCCAGGAUGAGAAAUGUUCUGCUAAUUCUAAAGGUAGUCACAUGCACUGUCCCUUUUGUAGUGUGACCGAAGCCUACCAGGACCCUGUCAUCUUGAGAGCACAUUACAGAGUUAAACAUGUUGAUAAAGGGCUUGAUUUUGCAGGCUUGAAGAUUCUUCGUUGCUGUAACCACUGUGACAUUAUUGGAACUAUUAAAGGAGAGAAAAAAUUUAAAGGUGCACACUGGCAUUGCUACCGCUGUCGAAAUGGUUUCAAUAGACGUGAUGAAGCAGUCAAGCAUUAUAAAACUCAUUUCCGCAACCCUCAUACCACUUUCCAAAUUCAAGUUACACAGGAGGUAAAUAGUCGACAAUAUUAUGAACAGAGUGCGGAAGCUCACCAUAAAGCUUAUGGAGGCACCCAAGUUACCUCUGGUGGGGCAAUGAAUAUCGCAUCAGUUAGUUCUGUUAUUACGGAGACUGUCAUUAGCACAUCAACCACAACUCUUGCCACUGAGAAUAGUGAUGAUACCGGACAAGAUGGAAAGGACAGCAGGUUGACCAAUAGCAUUUCUCCUGCAGAAGAUACCUUGGGCUCUACAUCAACUAUGGGACAUCAAACUCUGGUGCUAAUGGACCCAGAUGGAGAAAAUGGAGAGCUUGUCUAUAAUGACAACACAAACCUAAUCACUGAUCAGAAUGGUGAAGCUUUGGAUCAGAAUCUGCUAAUAGAGAAGCAGCUGUUAGAACUACACCAGCAGAAUCAGCAACUACGGGUAGAGAAAGCAGAAAAUGAGCACAGACUACAAAUGGAAGUACAACAGCUGAAGGACCAGAUUGCAGGUCUCAUGGAGUCCAAUUGGCAAAUGGCAGAAGAAUUAAAGCAAUACAAGUGUUCUGAAGACAUCGAGAACAAAAUAAAUCAAAUGAUUGAACAGAUGGAGAUGCAGCACAGGGAACUCCUUCAGAUGCAGUUGGAGCUACUACGGAAGGAGUACAGUAAGCUAAAACAUCAAACUAAUGGAAGCCCUGUUUCUAGUCAGGACUCUACAACUGACUGCACUGAUGGAACAACAAAACGAGCAUUAGUAGGAGCUUCAACUUUGUCUCCCAGAAGUCACAGCAUUAGUCUGACCAUACCUACCAGCAUAGUGACAUCAGCACAAAUUAUGGCCUCUGAACAUGAGAUCAUGACAACAUCACAAGAUGAAAUUGCGGGAUCUGGAGUGGACCUCGGUUCUGGGAAUGUCAUAUCCUUCAUUGAACCUAGUGAUAAUUCAUCAAAUGGGUCAGCAGGUUUGACAACACUCGAAAUUGUGGAGGUCCAUUUAGACAGUGAGUCAACCAUUUCAAAUAUUGAGUCUUCUUCCCCACCACACGUACAUUUAUAUCCAGUCACACAAGUCAAUGAUCAUAUCGAACUUUCAACCAGCAAACGGGUUUCUGAAGAUGACUCUGAAGAAGAAAGUCAACCAAAAAUCCAGAGAACUAUUUAAAGCAGGAUACGACUAAGACUAUGACAUAGUAUCUAUGUUGUAUCUAAAUAUAUGCCUUAUUUUUAAUUCAUAUUUUCAAUGAAUAAUUUAUUUUCAGAAUAUUUAAUAUUUAGAUCCACUCUAAUUUCUGUAUGUUUUUAAGUGCAUUGUAGGUGACUUACAAACUGUAACCUUUUCUGGCUUCUGUCUGUCAUAGAGGUAAUGUACAACUUCCCUGUGAGGUAGAAGAUCUUUAGGCAAUAAGUCCUUACUCUUGAAGGUAAAAGAGCAAGAAUGUUGACAAUGCCUGAUCUUUCCCAAAAAAAAUAUAGAUAGCAGCACUGCAACAACUACCACAGGAAAAAUAAUUGGGAACUCGGAAAAUAAGGUUAACUUGAAUAGUGAGAAUUACUGUCAAUUUAUUUCAAGGCCUUUUUGCAAGUUCAUUUCUACCUUUAGUCACAGCACUUAGCAGUUAUGAUCUGACACUACAUCUGUAUUUGGGUUAUUUUUUUAAGAAUCAAGCCAUUGGCACUUUAUCGUCAGUUAGAAAACUUGACCUGCAAAUAGCCAAAGUACUUAUUAUCCUUUGACGGCCCCACAUGCAUACACUGGUUGAUAUAUCCUAUGCAACAAGAUGAUGAAUAGGCAAAGAACCAGACAAAAUUUGCAUUGUAGUAAUGUUUUUAUGUUAGUGUCAAUGUAGAUGUUGUUAAAAGAAAAUUAAAUUUAAAGGCAAGAAUUGUCCCUAGAUGGUGCCAAUAAUCUUUUACUAUGUUUUGUUUAUUAUUUUUGGAGUAAUCCUGAUUUUGCAGCAAAGUGCAUUUCCUCACAAUCUCCUUUAUUCCCAGUACCAUUAUUGCAUGACCCAACACUCCACCUACAUAUCCCUGAGUUACAGGUAUAACUUACUCAGCAUGAACUCAGUUUGGGUGGAGGGUGUGAGGGAAUGGCAGAGAUGGAUAUUUAAUAGGAAAGAAUCUGCCAUAUGUGGUCUUUGCAUGAUUUUCAGGAAAAUAUGAGGAGAAUGUGCUGGAAGGAGAUGAACCACCUUGACUAAAUGCAUUCAGCCCAUACAUACUAUGCAAAGUGAAUGAUUACAGAGUUCCUCUGAUGCUUUUGAUGUUUUCAAUAGACAGGUAUCUAAUACAAUUCAUCAUCUUGAAGCUGUUGUGCAUUAAAUGGCCAAGUGACUAUGUGCUGUUUAUUUGUUUUUUUUACAUGAAGCUAAAUUGAUGUAAUCACUCCAGAUUUCCAAAUCAAUUUUGAAGCUUAAGGUUGUUGCUGCACAUAUUUUAUUCCUUGCUCAGUGUGUCAUGAGGGAUGAGAAGAAUAUUCCACCCAAGAUGUCUGCUUAUUGUGAUAUAUUCAUUAUAUUACAUUUUGUGUGUUUUGUUUGUGAUGAAACAUCUUUGCCCAGUGCUUCUCCUGCAUUACCUUUUUUCCUCAAAUGCUUUAGUUUCAGUGGAUAUUAAUGAAAUGCUGAAUUUAUAUUUUUUACUUAAGCUGCAUUUUUAUAAUUAAAUAUGUAUCUAUAAUGUUGGCAAAGUAGUAUUCCUGGAUUGCACUUUUGCAUUAAACACAAACGUAUA